AUGCCGGCCGACAGCGUCGUGAUCCGUCUCCCCGGCCCGCGCGCCCUCCGCGUGCUCGCGCGCUCCGUGCUCUUCGCCGUCGCGCUGCUCUGCCUGCCCUGGCUCCGCACUGCCGAGGCGCCCGCCCGAGGCCGCGCCGUCGACACGUGCGGCGCAGCCGCGGCCCAGGCGGAGCUCCUGCUCCGCGACCUUCGCCAGGAGGGCCUGCUCGUCCACGGCGCCCGCGCCGUCGUCCUCGGCGCCGACGGCCACUGCGAUCCGCCCACCCCGAAGCAGGAUGAGGACAGCGUCCUUCGACCCGUCUCGCUGCGGCGGAUGCUGAUGAUAGGGGACUCGUCAGUGGACUUUCUGCUGGAUUUCGGCUACUUCAGCGAAGACGCUGACAGGUUUGCCUUCGCCGAUCGGGUGCUCAAGCAUGGAGGCAUUCUUGCCGCCCCAAUUGACUCGCUGAGCGCGUUCAGCUUGCCGCAGAACUACCGCGUCAUAUACAUUCAUCGGUUCUCUGAGGCUUUUGUUGGGGUCAAGAAGAUUGCCCCCGCCGACGACAACAGCCAUGCUGGCACCAGAACGGAGCUGUUAUCACCUCCUUCCCUGAAGGAAGGGGUGCUUUACAGUCAGCCGGCUGAGACUACCAACGGUGAAUUCAAGAACAUGGCGAGGAAGCUCUUAUUACUUUCAGACAUCACAGUGAUUUCAACGGCGUACAAACGUAAAAUGUUGUGCAGAUGCUCCAUCGGGAUCAGAAGAGUUGAUUCUGCAUCUUCUAUGGAAUGUGAAAAAGGCUGCAACCUGCGGCGGCGCUUUUAUGGAGUAAAGCUGCUCCAGCUUCCCUCAAGAGCAGCAACAACACAUCAGUUAUGGGCUGAACCGACUGCAUACACAGAAUGCACGGUACUCAUUGACAAAGUCAGUGAACCAGCAUGA